GGUCGGUUAGGGAGGACGGCGGAAGAUCGCGGCGUGUCGUGGCACAUUUUAACUCGUAUCCUCGUCAUUCCGUAUGAGAUUUUAACGCGAGCGAUUAUUCCGAAAGUGUCGUGAAGUGCCAAAAGUGAAGUGUCGGGCAUUCGUGCCGGCAUCCGUCGUGUCGGAUGCAUGGUGCGAAGUCGUGUCGCGUUCGAUCGUAUUUCGCAUCUUCUCCGUUGCCUGAUAUCCCGAGUUUCCGACGCGCGUGAACACCAGAAGGGUUUCGAGAGUUCCGAAAACGAAGGAUCGCGCGUUCGUGUCAAGUUUGAAUCAAGACGAAUCGUCGGGAGGAGGAUCUUAGUUGUUAGUUGUCUUCAAGAUGACGGGCUCGUCACGUUUGUACCGUGGUGCCGCUUAGCGUGCGUUUCGACAAGUUAAAAUCUACGAGUGGACGCGGAUGCGCGCUACCGUUGUCCGUGUUUGGCGAUAUCGGCGAGCUUGAUCGCGAUUCGGUCGGAGGGUCGCGGCGAGAUAUAAUUUCGUGAACAACUCGUCUCGUCGGGAAGCAAUUCCACGUACCAGGAUGUCGCAAGAGACCUCCGUGAAGUCGCCGCAAUCGCAGGUGAUCAGUCUGGCGAACCUGCCAAACUUGAACCUCCAGCAGCUGACGAUGUUCAAGCAGCAACUGGACCAGGAGCUCGGCGUGUUUCAGGACUCGUUGCACACGUUGAAGAUCGCGCAGAGCAGAUUUCAGGAAUCGGGCUCUUGUCUUGAAAAGAUUACGCCAGACUCCGAGGGUAACGAAAUAUUAGUACCUCUGACAGGUUCUAUGUACGUGACUGGGAAACUAAUAGACUCGAAUAAUGUGAUUGUUGACAUUGGUACUGGCUAUUACGCGGAAAAGAAUAUUGUGGAUGCAAAAGACUACUUCAAAAGGAAAGUAGAGUAUGUUACCGAACAAAUGGAAAAGAUUCAGCAGGUUGGAAUUGAAAGGACCAAACUGAGAGAAGCGACGAUGGAUUUAAUAGAGACUAGAAUUCAAUCUUCUGCCUGGGAUGCACGUGGGAAGCAAUAAAUUUCAAAUUAAUAAUUUUAUUUCACAUUUUGUCAUGAAUAAUUCGUUAUUGUUUGCAUUUAUUUGUAAAUCUUGAGUAAAUUUAGUAGCUUUGAGAUACUACAUACGAAUGAAUCUGAUUCUAUGUAAUAGCAAUAAGAUGGUUUUAUUAAGUAUAAUCAAGGCGUGCACAUUUUGUGAUAUCACCCUGUCGCAUUUCAUUUAUUCAACUUCGUCUAUUUGAUAAAUCAAUACACAAUAGAUUUUUGUACAGAAAUACAUGUUUAUAUAUAUAUACUUGUUAGUAAAUUAAAACAUGUUCCUCACUAA